UCUCGAUCUUUUAACUAACCUGAUUCUAGCGUUUUUGAACCCUCUUGUAGUUUGUUUUCAUCCAAUAAGUGAGCGUCAUUUCUCCUUUGGACAGUCUUCUUUUGUUUUUGGAUUGUGCAUUUCUUUUCUUUUUUGCAGUUAUUGAUUUUUGGGUGUGUUUGAUGUCUGUUUAAGUCUUUGCAUGUGUUUAAACCCGGAGAUUUUGUUCGUUGUGUUCUGAGGGAAUUAGCGUAGAUCUAUUGAAUGAUAAUGAAAGUUGAUUACUUGAAAUACAGUGGCAGUUACUGCUUUGGAGAAAAUGUAUGAAAAGAAGAAAUGGGGAUGCGCUGUUUCUUAAAAUUGUCCAUCUGGUCACGAUUGGAACUGAGCCCAUUUUUAUUGAUCUUUUUAGAUGGCUAGUCUGUCCCCAUGGCCGAAUGUUUUUCAUUUUCUAAUUAUUAUAAACCUUUUCGUCUUUUAUCAUGUAGACUGUAGGCAGUCUUCCUUGCUUGAAUGUCAUUAGUAAGCUUUUUUUUUUUAAAAUGUUUUGUUGAUUUUUUGGGAAGAGACCAAGUUAUAUUUUCGUUUGGUGCUUGCUUAAAGAUACAAGUAGCUGUUUCCUUGAAAUGCUUUCUGGCUGGUGGUUGCAUCGUAAACAAAGAGUUGUGUGAACACUGAACAGAUGCCUCAAGAGCUCUGAGAUGGAAAGGGAAAACAAAAUGGACCGAAGGAGCAAAUAGUUAACUCAAUCUAAGGUGCAAUGUUCUGCUGAAUGUUAUGUAGUCAAACAAACGAUGACAAUGUCUUUGAAGACUGUAAUGGCUAUUAAAUCUUACCAAAGUCAAGCUGAUGCUUUGAUAAAGAAUUACUUGUUAGCAGAUCGAUAUAUUCCAUACACCUCUAUCCUCGGAGGCAUAUUUGCUUGUAAAUUGGUCUAUGAUCUUACUCAAUUAGUUAGCAGUUUUUACUUCAAGAGUUAUUUGGGUCUCACAAAAAUCCAACGAGUUGAGUGGAAUAACCGCGGCAUGUCCACUAUUCAUGCAAUCUAUAUCUCAAUUAUGUCAUUGUACUUCGUUUUCUGGUCAGAUCUCUUCUCUGACCAGCGUCACGCUGGCCUUGUUACCUUUCAAAGUUCAACGUUGUCUACUUUCAUAUUGGGGAUCUCAGUUGGAUACUUCUUGGCAGAUCUUGGAUUGAUUAUUUGGCUGUAUCCUUCUUUAGGUGGGAUGGAGUAUGUUGUCCACCACUCUCUCUCUGGAUUAGCAGUAGCAUAUUCUGUUUUUUCUGGAGAAGGGCAACUCUAUACAUACAUGGUUCUCAUUUCAGAGAUUACAACUCCAGAGAUUAAUAUGAGAUGGUAUCUUGAUACAGCUGGUAUGAAGAAGUCCUGUGCAUAUCUGAUUAAUGGGAUUGUAAUAUUUUUUGCAUGGCUGGUUGCUCGCAUAUUGCUCUUUGGUUACACAUUCUUUCAUGUUUUCCUGCACUAUGAUCAGGUAAUUCAGAUGCAUGUAAUUGGCUAUCUUUUGGUAUUUGGAGUGCCAACGGUGCUAGGCAUGAUGAACUUGAUGUGGUUCGGGAAGAUCAUUAAGGGAUUGAUGAAGACGAUAGCGACGAAGCGAUGAGAAACAUAUUCCUCGGUUUCAUAUUUCUUUAUCUUUACACUCUUGGUCCGUUUCUUAGCAUCUACAAAUGGGUUGAGGAUAUUAAGGAAUUUGAUGGUAUGUGGUAGUGUGUUGUAAAUGGUUCAAAAUAACUUGAAAACUUGUUGACAUUUAGUGUCUUUUUCCUCUUGUCAGAUUUGUGUACCAAUUCAUUUUUUCUGUAUAGUUGUUUUUUUUUUUUUAAAUUCUUUUGUAUUCAGUUACAUUUACGAUUUCGGAUCUCGUCUUUGUCAUAUCCCUUCAUCAUCUUAGAAAAACAUGUUGGAGAUGUUUCAAAUCUUCAGAAAUCAUACCCAUCGUUGAGAUGUUU